GGUCUUCUCUCUGAUUGGUUGUCGGAUCGCACGUGGUAAGGAGUCUUUAUUAGCGCCUUCGCUGAAGCCUUCCCGUCCAGUCGGUUCCUUGUCACAGGCCUCUUCUGUCCUCUGUAGCAUCGCUCUGACCUGUGAGACUACCAUCCAUCGGAAUCACACCGACCGCAGACAUGGUGAAACUAGCUAAGGUAAGCGGGCCGCUGCAUCGGCAGACAUUGUUAGUAAUAAUACGGCUGUACGAUUGGUGCGGCCCGGCCUACACCCAGCUCGCUGUAAUUGAUACCAUUAAUAACCGUUUUAGCCAUUUUUAUGCAUUUUUUUUUUCCAAUCCAGCCGCCAUGGCCCGGGGCAGAUGGGUGUGCCAUCCAUCGUCCCGUGUCCCGCGCCUGGCUGCUGCAGGCGGGGCACGCGGUGUCUCGGGAUAAUGGCGGCGGGGUGUACGGUUUAUGUGCAGUGAAGCCGUCGUGUCGCGCUGCGAGGCGCGGACGCACAUGCGCGAUCCAUGGCUGGGCGCGUGCGGUGGGCCUCUGGUGAUGUCAGCGCGUCACGUGUCCGCAGGCCCGGGCUGUGAGGGGUUAAUUCCCUGGCCCACGUGUUGCGGGAGCCUGGUUAAUGGCGGCUUGUACAGUAUGGCGGGGGUGGAGGCUGCACACAAUGCCGAUGGCCGCUUCCCAUGCGGGUAUAGCAUGGCUCUAUGUCCCUGUGCUGCUCCACAUGGCGAUAUUAAUGGCGGCUGUGCUCGGGGGAAUCCCCGCGGGCCUUCACUUCCUAGCGCCCGCGUGGGGGGAGGGCAGCGCACGGUAGCAACACGUGGUUGUGCCUGGGGCUCCACGUGGCUCACCGGCUAUCUGAAACCGGGCUAUACCGGCAAGACACGUGUCACGGCUUCUAUGCUUUAUACCGAGUAUCGAUUAUUCAGCUUUUACUAAAUCAUUGUGUAACAUUAUCGUACAACCACCUGCCCGUGUUUACUGGAGAAUUUAGACCGAUUCUUUAAUGUUAUUUAAUCAGUAUGUUGACUUAUUUUAUUUUUUGUAACCUUUUUCCUUCCAGGGUGCAAAAAUGCAAAAUAAACAAAAGAAGACUGCUCCACCACCACCAAAAGAUGUGGAUGAUAGUGAUGAAGAGGAGGACAUGGAAGAAAGCAGUGAAGAGGAGGUGGGUUAAAUUAAUGAUUUAAAGGGCUACUUUAACAGUGAAAACAACUUGAUGGCUAUGGUGCUUGAGAAAAAACUUAGGUGACAAUUAAUAUUUAACACUAUGAGUACACUACCAAUACUCUAAAGUUAAAUUUACAGUAGAAUUGCAUUGUGACUUGUCUGUAACUGAUUCACUUGUGGCACGCUAUAUUUUUGAUACGGUUUACGAUGGGCAUUUACUUGAUGGGUGUAAUAAUGACUGAUCUUCAAUCCGCUGCUUUUAGAGAAGCAUGUGGGAUCUGACUCAUGAUGUGGAUGUACUUAGUCUGUUGCUUGAUACAGAAGUAUUUAAAUGCUCAUCUGUAAGAUUAUGGUAAGACUUCUCGGCCUGAUUUACAACCCCUUAAAGCGUGUUCUUGGCAAAAUUUUGACUUUGCCGACAAAGGGGAAUUUAUGCACCAAAACACUACACUGCAAUGUAAACGCUAUAGUGUCAGAAAUACAAACCUGUUGAAAUUGGCUGAGAUUAUCAAACUUGAAGAUCUCAGCAAAUCAAAUAUCAUUCACCUGGCUGCCCAAGUUUUAGAUUUACCCACUCUCACAGAGCAGUUAUCUUCUGCAGGUCCUCUACAGCAUUGCACAAGAGUAUAUACCAUUGAGGAGAACUUCAGAUCAUCAAUAGACUCGGCCAAUUUAGACGGACUAAGGCAUAGGAUAUUUAGAGACCAAUUAGUCUCUACUUUGGCUGAGUUAACAUUUCAGUAAAAUCCACUAGUCAAAAGUGUUGCCUGAAGAUUAUUUUUUUUUUUGGUAGGCUUGUCACUUUUUGUGUGGGGACCUUAUGUCUCCACCUGCAACCUCAUAGUGUAUGGUACCUAGAAUGUCCCUUUUGAAUUUAAAAUAAUUGCAAUAAAGUCUAAAUGUGCUUUGUUUUGAUGAAAACUUGUUGGAAAUACAUAAAUAUUCCUAAUGCUAUUUAAUCCAUAAGAACUGAAAUGAUUGCAUCCCCCAUCAAAGGGUUAAUAAAACCCUUUAAACACUUGCCUGAUUCCAGUACCAAGGUCCCUUGUUGCGGAGUUGAGCUCAGCCACGUUAAUAUGAGUAAACAAACACAUGGCAAGCGCUGCUUGUGUAGUAGGGCUUCCAUGUAGGAAAGUACUUCCAGCAUCAUAUCACAUGUAGUCAAUCGCUGUGAAACUCCAGGAACCUCUAUAUUUGGCUGUCUCGAGGCUACUAUUUGAGGUAGUCUUAACAUUGCAACGUAAACAUUGUAGUUUGUCUGAAACAGCAAUGUUUUACAUUGUGUAGUGCCGUGUCUCCCUUCAAGGGACACUAUAGGCACCCAGGUAAUUUCACCUUAUUGAUGUGGUCUGGGUCCAGAGAAACUGCAAUGUUUACGCUGCAACUCUAAAUCUGCCUCAAUUGUCUGUUAGAGGCGUGCUUCCUGCAUCCAAACAGAUCUUUAGUCCGGUAACUCGCGCUGUGCAUGAGAGCGCCAAUUCGUCGCAUGGCUUCCUGAGGCAGAGCCAUGCGGGACCCUGGCACUUGUGUAAGGUAAGUAAAGGACUUUUAACCCUUUUAUUUACCGGGGUGGAAGGCAGCUAUAUUGCCUGGAAUACAGCUCUGUAUUCCUCGUACUUGGUCAAAGAUGUACUUGACACUUGCUUCAAUGUGAGUGAAUGCACAUGAAACAGUCUGCCUUAUCUCUUCUAGCGCUGUUUCCAAUUAAUCCCAAUGUGUUUUGAUUGUGGCUGGAGGAAUUAAUACUUUCUGGUCUAAGAAACCUGUUGAAAGGGGGAACUUCUGCUAGGGUUAACAUAACUGCAUUCCUGUCAACAAUGUUCUUCCAUUCUGUAUAUAAAUGUACUAGAGUUGGCGGCUGUGUACGUUUACUAUACCACCAGUAGUCACUAUAGAACUUAUUCCAGGUUGAAGUCCCCGUGAAGAAAACACCUGCAAAGAAAGCAGCCACUCCAGCUAAACAAACACCAGCAAAGAAAGCUGCCACUCCAGCUAAAGUGGCAGUCACACCAGGAAAAAAAGCUACUCCAGUAGGCACAAAAAAUGGCAAACAGGCAAAGAAGCAGGAAAGUGAGGAUGAAGAAUCUGGUAUGUCAUGGCUCUUGGUUUUUAUUUAUGUUUUUUAAUUCCUAAUUUUAAGAGGUUCAGUGCUAAACCUCUGCAUUUUUUUGUAGAUGAAGAAUCCGAAGAGGAACAGAAGCCGGUUGCCAAGAAACCUGUAGCCAAAGCACCUGUAGCUGAAGAGGACGAUGAUGACGACGAAGAUGAUGAGGAUGAUGGUAAAUGUUGCAUUGUGUUUUUAAGAAUUUAAUGUUCUUAUGAAGGAACAGCACAUAUGAUGAUAAUUUGGGACUUAAUACUGAAUUAUGUGAUGCGUUACUUAAACUGAUGUGCUAUUUAAUAAACAUUGCAUUGUAAGAUAGUUGUGUAGUUUUUCAGUGUGUUCAAAUAUGUCUAUUUCUUUAGAUGACUCUGAGGAAGAGGUCAGUGCCAAAAAGCCAGUUGCCAAAAAGCCAGUUGCAAAGCCUGUUGCAAAGAAGCCUGCAAAGAAAGAGGAAUCUGAGGAUGAAGAAGAUGAGGAAGGUACAAAAUCUGUCAAAGUUAAAUGAGCCUGUCACUCACUGUAUGGGUGGUAAUUGUCCUUGAGUUACAUAUGCCAUAUUGCAGUUAAUAUAUACCCAAUGCUGGUGAAACUGUCAGAUUAAAAUCUUUGUGUAUGUUGCUUUCAUUUCCAUAGUUGCCAAUAAUGGACAUCAGUUAUGUGUAGCCACUUUACCUCCAAAUUCUGCACGGCCUCCUAAUGUGCAAGCAAAAUGGAAUUGUGGGCUCUAUCUGGGUUUUUUGGCCAAUUGUGCUAGAAGUGUUUAUUUCAUAAAGACUAUCUUUAGAAUAUGCAAUACUCAUUUUGACUGUUGGAAUGUCACUGAAAUUCCCACCCAGUCAAGAGACAAAGUUUAGAUUGUAUUUCUACUCUCUGACUCAAGGCAGUCUAAGAUUCAAUCAAGAUAUUAGUCGCCUGUAACAGCUGCAGGGAAUUGGCUGUCUAUACAGGGUCUUGCGUGAUUCCCCUAUAGAUCUCAAUGCUUUACUCUGGCGCAUGCACACUAGUACAUCAGUCCUACUGUUUAAGGGGUGCCCAUGAGACAUGUUCAGCUACAUAAUCUCUCUGACUGCCACAUGGUGAGUGCUGCUUGAAGAGGCUCGUGUGCACCUGUUGAGUAAUGGUGAACAUAUGCUUUUUGCCACUUACAAUGACUCCAUAAUAUGUAUUGUGGCUAUCUCAGAUUGCCUGCCAUAGGUGUACAUCGGUACUAUUUCUGAAACCUGCAUUAACGGGGAUCACAGAUGUAUUUAUAAAGCGCCAACAUAUUCCGCAGCGCUGUACAAUUGGCAAAGUCAACACAAUAAGAAUAGACCGAUACAACAGGUAGAGGGUCCUGCCCGUGAGCUUACAAUCAAACUGUUGCUUCCCUUUUGCCAUAAGUACAUUACAAGCUCUGAAUUCAUAAACCUGCUUUGUGGUAUUGCAUAAGGGAGUAGAGGGUAAGGGGAUUCUACACAAACUCUAGAGGUUUGUUUCGCUGGCACAGAUGAACAUUGUGGACAGUCGGGCUGAAAUGUUGAAAGUCUUACUGAAUUGCUGCUGAAUUUUAUUUUUCAUCUCUUCUCAAAUAGCUUUUUCUGUCUUACAAGCUUUGCCUUAGUGGUGUGUAACUGGAUUUUUUUUUUACCUUCAAAGAUUCAGAUAUAGAAAUGGAAGUAACACCAGUUGUUGCAAAAGGAAAGAAAGCUGCCCCUGUCAAAGCAAAAGAAGAGUCUGACGACGACGAUGAUGACGACGAAGAUGAUGAUGAUGAUGAUGACGAUGAGGAAGAUGAUGAUGGUGGGAAAAUAUUUUUUUGGCUUCGUUCAAUGUACUUGUUGAAGUGUAUUUGACUUUAAAGUCAUAUAUUUCAUCCUCCUCCAGAAACUGUAAAAGAAUCUGGUAAACGUAAAAAAGAGAUCCCGAAGAAGGCUGUCCCAGAGAAAAAGCAGAAAACUGAGGGAACAGAAGGUACGCAAACUAGUCUAUUAGAUGGACACAGCUAGGUGGCAAGGCUGUAUAGUUUAAGCAGAUCUUAUUUUUUUAAGUGGGUUUUCCUGGCACUAUCUUAAGUCGUGUAUAAGCAGGACCCUGCUCUGUACCUUAAAUUAUGUCACUAGACCAUAUUUCACUUUUGUAGUCAAAACACUCAGUGGCUUUCUUUCUUUAUUACAGGUCUCUCUGUAUUUGUGGCAAAUCUGAACUCUGCUAAGGACUUUGAUGAAUUAAAGGAGGCUCUUAGAGUGUUUUUCACAAAGAAAAGCUUAACUGUUGAGGAUGUCCGCAUUGGUGCAUCAAAGUGAGUGUUAACUGUGGUACUUUAUAUUGUUGGCUUGUUUAUGUUUGGAAACUAAUUAAUUCUGUAUUUUUCCAGGAAAUUUGGAUAUGUGGAAUUCUCAUCUGAAGAGGAGGUGGAAAAGGCUUUAAAAUUCAAUGGGAAGAAAGUUCUUGGUUUUGAUAUGAAGCUGGAUAAAGCCAUGGCCUUUGACAAGAAUAAAAGUGCAGAGGUCAAAAAAGGUAUGUAAUUUGAGGUGUUCUGAAAAGUAAACAAAUAUCAGAGCAAUAAGGGCUUUAUAGAAGUUGAUUUUAUAAAUGCCUGCAUCUCUAUCUGUAAGUAGGCUGAAAUUGACUCUAAAAGGGCAUACUCCUAUGAAAAGGACAACUGACUAUGAACCAGUCUCUCCUGGAUAUUUGUAGUGUUAAGUGUAUUUUGUACAUUCUUUUGCAGAGAGAGACUCAAGAACGCUGUUUGUCAAGAAUAUUCCAUACAGCACAACUUCUGAGGACCUGCAGGAAAUAUUUGAAAAUGCAAAAGAAGUUAGACUUCCAAGUGGGAAUGAUGGUUCAAGCAAAGGGUAUGUAUUUACUAUAGUUGGUAUAUUAAAGGGAUCCUAUAGUGCCAGGGGGGGAAAUCUGGUUUUCUGGCACUUUUGGGUUAAUAGGCUCCCUCCCGUGGGGCUGAAGGGGAUAAAACUUUCAGCCACUUACCUAAAUCCAGCACUGAUGUCCCUUGGUGCUGUCAGGCUCCUGCCCUGCUGACAUCAGCUAGAGCGUGAGGACGUCCAGUGUCUGAUAACCGACCAAAAAUCUAUUUUGGAUUCCGGAAGGCCUCUAAUGGCUGACUGGUAGAUGGCCACACUGGAGGCAGAUUUAGUGCUGCAAUGUUUUACACGAAGUGCAAUAGGGACACAGCACCCAGACCACUUCAGUGAGCUGAAGUGGUCUAGGUGCCUAGUGUCCCUUCAGAAUCACAUGGCAGUCUGUUACUUUGUACUUUAAGUAGAACUAUACCUAGUGACUUUAUAGCACAACUAAAUGUUAACCAGUUUUUUUUUAUGUUAAAGGGAAACUGUUCCUUCCCAUGUAUGAACAUUGUCUUGCUUAUUUGUAAGGUGUGAAAAACAAAAUAGAAAUACACACCUAUCCUGCAAGUAGGAGCCUCCGUCUUGGCUCCCUGUCAGAUAUUAACACUGUCCUCUGCGCAUGAAAGUAUGUAUGAAGCAAUGAUUCAAUAUCUUAUUGGCAAGUGUUUCUGGCUUUACCUGGUCGGAACUGUCAUUUGCUAAAUUUUUAUUUAUUAAAAACUAAAAGAAAAUGAUGAAUCAUGAAAACUUCAUUAUGAAUGAACUUUAAUGUUGUCCAGUGAGUUUAUUUUUACCCUUAAUUUGCAUGUCUGACAUGUAAGUGUAGUGGAUUUCAGUGCUAUUUUCAGCCCAGUUAACACUAUCUUAAAUGGUUUUAUUGAUGACUAAAAGUGGGUUUUUUUUUAGUAUUGCUUAUGUAGAAUUCGGCAGUGAAGCAGAGGCAGAUAAAGCUCUUGAAGAAAAGCAAGGAACUGAGAUUGAUGGGAGAGCUAUAUUCUUGGACUUCACCGGAGACAAGAGUCAAAACAGUGGAGCAAGGCGAUCUUCUGGCCCUGGAGGUAUGUUUAUGGAUGUUUUAGUAGUAGUUUUAAAGUACCUGACAGCAUUGUGUGAACAAAUACAUAUUUCUUUAGUGUGUUUACAACAUAAGGCAUGUGCCAAAAUUAAGAUUCCACCAACUCAGUGUAUUAAAGCUGGAAAUGAUGACUGAAAUAUCUGACAAACACUGAUGUUAACACUAAUAUUUAAGAUAGUCAAGUUCUGAUCCAGCACUCUUGCUGUUUCUUGGUUGCAUUUACAAAGUAAAGUGGUUUCUUGAAUGCGUCAACAGGUUGCAUGAGCAAACACUUAUUUGUUUGUGUUUUUUUUUUUUUUUUUAUAGGAGAUUCCAAAACCCUUGUUGUGAACAAUCUUGCCUACAGUGCUACAGAAGACAGUUUACAGGAAGUCUUUGAGAAAGCAACAUCAAUUAGGAUACCACAGAACAAUCAGGGAAGACCUAAAGGGUUGGUAUCCCCUCCUACAUUCAAUGCCAUGACAAACUACUUCAAUUUACACUCAAUGACUUUGUCUUUGGGUGUCAAACAGUGAACUUUUGACCUGUGAUUAUGAUUAGUCUCACUUAUGUAAAGUGUAAUUUUGCACUUAAACAUAGUGUCUCUAAAACUACAGGUUUUGGUUUCAUGAGGUUAUAUGCAUUUUUAGUAUUCAACUUUUUGUAAGAUGGGAUGCGUUUUCAAUAUUCUCUUGCAAGUGGUGUGUGGUUUGUUUGCAUUCAGAGUAAAAUAAAUCUCAAUUUAUCCAUGUAAUGGGAAAUCUGCAAUUGUCUGAAUUUCACAAUGAGUCUAUCAGACAAAACAAACGGACCAAGGCCGUUUCAUUAUUCAGAGUUCAUCAUUUUGGUUUGUACAAUUAUAUAAAUGCCACAAAUUGACUGUGCCCUGAAUCUGUUUCCUCUUUCUAGCUUUGCAUUCAUAGAAUUUUCAACUGUGGAAGAAGCAAAAGAUGCCAUUGAAUCCCUUAACAAUACAGAAAUUGAAGGAAGGACUAUUCGACUUGAGUUUAGUACCGGAGGUGGCCCUCAAGGUGGUGGCAGAGGUAUCCAUAUGACAUUCUUGAUGAAAAACACUCUUGUAGUGAUCCAGCCUUGUCAUUUUGUUUCACUUGGCCAUUGUAACAUCCAGCCUAUUAUGUAGUUUGUAGGGUUUUUGAGUCUAUUUAAGCUUAUAGGUUAACCCUAUAAGGCAAUGAGAAACUGAAGUGUCUAUUGGGCUGUGAAAGACCCAAAAAGCACUGAGUUCCCUUUAAAUAAUAAAGAGAUAAUUAAAGAAUCAGUUUAUGGAAUACAAUUAUACAAGGACUAUGCAAAAUAAAAUGGAAAGAACCAAUAAAAGAUAAAUAAGGCUUUGUGGGUAAUGAGGGGGGGGUAAGUAGGUGAUCACUUAGGUGAAUCUAUGUAGAUAUACAAUGAACAAAAACUGGAGGACUGGCUCUAUGGUGCCUUAAGUGAAAAGGGAACUGAAUCAGAAUGGUUUAAUUCCUUGCUGGAAAAGUAUACUGGUCUCUUUUUAGACAUAUACAGCAUUUAAACAAUUAUCAGCACACUUUAAACAAAGUGGCUAUAUACACACCCUGCUAGUGAAUGUCCAAUAUAUUAGAGCUGUUGCUAGAACAAUCCAGAAUCAACCCUCAUCUGGUUGCAAAUGUGUAUGGAUGAGUCUUAAAGUCUUAGUGCAGAACAAAUGGUCCACAACCUAGACCACGGGUUCCAACCCACUCACCAAGUACUACCCUGUUGUAUCUAAUGCAUUUUGUUUUUUCAACUUUUCAAAAAACAAAAACAAACCCUUAAACAGAGUAAUCCCUGACUGGUACUUGAGGACUGUGUUGGGAACCACUGACCUACACUAAAAAUUGCAUCGAAUGUAAAUUCUUUUAACAGUGUAAAGAACUGUUGCAACACAACCUUACUUCAUCAUAGUGUGAAGUAAAAACUUGAAGCAAUUAAGUACAAAUGUCUGUACUAGGAUGGAGCUUGUAUAGCUAUUAACUUUGUUUUCCAAUGUAUUAAAGCUUCUGCACAGACAAAGACCCUUUUUGUCAAAGGCCUUUCUGAAGACACCACGGAGGAAACUUUAAAGGAAGCAUUUGAUGGCUCCAUAAAUGCAAGAAUUGUGACCGAUCGAGACACUGGAGCAUCCAAGGGGUUAGUUUAUUUGCUAGGUUUUCUUAAUGGGACACCCAAGUGAACCGGUUUUCCCCCUCCAUUGGGGUUGCAUCUGAGAGUGGCCUGCAAAAGUUGCUGAUUUACCUGAAUCCUUUGCAAGCCCUUCCCUUUUAACCCAGCCUCAACUUUUUGUGGCUUCCCUACUGCAGACUUAUCAGUGAAAAGUAUUUGCAAGGCAGGUGCUCUGAGCUAAACAACUUGAAUUGUUGAGGGGGGGUAAAAAGGAUAAAAUCUAAAUGCCCAUUUCUGAUGAAAUAUGCACUUUUUGUAAAAUAUAGGGACACUUUACACAUAAUGAACUUCAACAAGAUUUAAAAGUAGCCUGGAGUGUCCCUCUGAUAAUAAAGCUUCUCUUUGAGCACCAUCCUACCGAAAUCUGAUGGUAGUAAAUGGUUUCGCAAGAGAAGCAUAGAAAUACAUAUUGCUGGCAAAAUGUGUCCUCUCUGUAAGGUGCGAGGUGCAAAUGGCCACUGUGUGACAUUAAUUUCCACUGUAAGGAUUAGUAUAAAGUGUUCCAUAGUAAUCUAAAGUACUCAUGUUUAUCACGCGUUUUAUUUUGUUAUAGAUUUGGCUUUGUAGACUUCUCUUCUGCUGAAGAUGCAAAGGCUGCCAAAGAUGCAAUGGAGGAUGGUGAAAUAGAUGGAAGCAAAGUCACUCUAGAUUUUGCAAAACCCAAAGGUGAAGGCCAGAGAGGUGGUCGUGGAGGAUUUGGAAGAGGUGGUUUUGGCGGCAGAGGUGGUGGCGGUCGUGGUGGGUUUGGCGGCAGAGGUGGUGGCGGCCGUGGAGGAUUUGGUGGUAGAGGAAGAGGAGGAUUUGGAGGUAAGCUUAAUUGUAGUUUUGCAAUGCCCACCUUUAUCUUUUCUACCUCCUUUAGUUUGAGUAAACUUUUUGGUUAAAAGUAGUACACCAGUGUUAAACAGGUGUAUAACGGAGUGUUUGUAAUUUAGUUGAAAAGCUACCCUUUUCUUCUAAAGGAUCAAUGGCCAUGCAGAGCACCUCUGCAUUUUCAAAAAAAAAAAAAAAACAUUGGUUACAUUGUCUCCUACUGUGACCCUUGGCGGCUUACACACUAGCCACUAGAAGCGCUUUGUGGUUGCAGUCCAGCUAAGGAUUGUCGUUCGGUGUGUCUGCACUUCAGAGAUGCUGACUUGCUGUGCAUGCUUCGCAUAGGCUGUGUAAGUCACAAGCAUGGAAGUAUAUCUGGCAGAGUUGUUGGCUAUGGAUCCAUUUUUAUUUUUUUGGUCUUAAAGUUUGAAUUCCUGACAAUUCUUUUAAUGCAUAAUCAUGUUAAUCCUUUUCAGGUAGAGGAGGUGGAGGAUUCAGAGGUGGAAACCAAGGAAAGAAGAUAAAGUUUGAUGAUUAAACAGUUUGAUUCCCCUUCAAACCUUAAGCAAUCUCCCUUAAAUGAAAGGACUCUGAAGUCAAAAGGAGACUUUGGGUUUCCUUCCCCAAACCAGUCUAACCUUGCCAGAGCCUUCUGUUUGGACAUUCCAAAGUGGAGACUUAAUUUGUUCUGCUACCACCUGGAUGCAAAGUCAUUUCAUGGAAGAUGUGUGACUGCUUGACUAUACUUAUACAGACUUUCUUUUUGUUUGUUCUUUUGUUUUUUUUAGUGUGCGAGAAGAGACCCUGUCCUGAACUUGUCAAAUUAAUGUUUUACCAACUGUAAAAAAAAAUUCCUUAUUGAAUCCUGUAGUAUUUUGCUGUAAAUGCAGAAUGUUAAUGAUUUGUGCUUAGACAGCCUGUCUUUGAAUUAAAGGACCUCAUCUGGUUACAUUAUUUUUAUUUACAACUGUCUUCAAAUGUUCUCCCUUUUUAUCACAUUUAAUUUUAUCUGUAGAUUGUGAUACUUUUUUUCCCUCCACAGCAUGUGUAUUUUUAGUCAGGCUUUUAUCCCUGCAGUGGGCAUUCCUUUCAUAGCGAAUUGCCACUCAAUGAAUCUGAAGUUGCAUAGUCGAUGUAAAUGAGCUGAGUUUGUAUUAAAAGGGCAUUUUGUAACAUUUGUAAAUCUUUGGCUUAGUUUAAACAAUUAGAACUGUAAAAUAUCUGAACUAGCUUCUUAAAAUUUUAUUGCAUCCACCUCCAUGUUAUUGGCUAAUGUCUAUUUGGAGCAAAAAGAUAACUGCCUUUCAUUGUUUUUCUUUACCUGUUCUGUCUGAGUGAACUCUGGAUAUACCUGGAACAUUUAAAUAUUGGAUACAAACCUGUAUAUUUGUAAGUUCCCAUUGCCCUUCUCUGGAGUGCUGUAAUCUACAUUGAAUUCCCCCCACCCCUUUUAUAACAUUGGACGGAUUGGCUUUACUUAUAUGCCAACAGUCUUGCUGUAGUUUUCAAGAUAGUUAUGAACUGAAAUGUUGCUUGCGUAUACUCUUAUUUUACAAAAAACACUCAUACUUUAUAGCUGUUGCUCAAACGAGCAACUACUGUAGUACAAGACAUUGUGACAUUUUUUUUUUAACAAUGUGGCUCCAUUGCCAAAAGAAAUAAAUGGGAAAGUUAAAUAAAACGCUUGGUUUUGUUGCAACAAGAUAACCUAUGGACCAAAAGGAGCUUACAAAGGCCCAUACAGUUAAUAAAUCAACAUUUGCUGUUGGAAUAUAG